AUGACUAGUGAGGUUCGUGGUACUUCUGGCCCUCAGUUCCGCACAGAUGCAACAAAUCAUGUGUCAAGUGACAGAAGUGGUGGAGAUAGAGAUGAAGAUAUUAUUUGUGUACAGACAGGCGAGGAAUUCUCAACAGAGUUUCUGCAGGAUCGUAUAGCACAAAGAAGAUUAGCUCCAGUAGUGACUGGUACUGUUGAUCAGCACCAGUCAAAAAGAGUGGGAUUUAAUUUAACUCAAAACAAUCCAUUUGUUAGUGAGGAUCCAAAUGCAGUUCUUGGUUUAAGGAGAUUAGAUUCUGAUGGAAGUUCAGAAUUUUCAGAUUUUGUUACAGCUGGUACAGGUUAUGUGCCUGACUUAGAGAAGAAUGUUUUUACUAGUAGUAAUAUCAGCAGAAACUAUGGUGGUCUUCGAAGACAACUAUCAGGUAAGCUUGCGGAUGAAGUUACUCGGGUUAUUCCUAGAUCAAAUACUCCACCUCUUUAUGUUGGUGAAUCCCCUCAGUCAUAUAGUCCAUAUGCUCAAGGAUUUUUUGAAGGCUCUUUCUCUUUCAAAAUGAAGUUCCUCUGCAGUUUUGGGGGAAGAAUAUUACCUAGGCCAAAUGAUGGGAAGCUCAGAUAUGCCGGUGGAGACACACGGAUUUUAUCAAUUCACAAAGCCACCAAUUUUGAGGAACUAAUGAAGAAGACAUUGGCAAUUUGUAACCACCACCACAGUAUCAAGUACCAACUUCCUGGUGAGGAUCUUGACGCACUUGUAUCUGUUUGUUCUGAUGAGGACCUCCAUCAUAUGAUAGAGGAAUAUAAUGAGCUGGAAAGAACUGAGGGUUCUCAGCGAUUGCGGCUCUUUCUUGUACCUUUAAAUGAACCAGAGAGCCCUACUUCUAAUGAAGGCAGGGUCACACAUCCAAUUGGACCUGACUGCCAAUUUGUCUUUGCUGUUAAUGGCAUGCUAGACAAAAGUCCUCGGAAAAGUUCCAGCGGUCAGAGUGUGACAAGUCAGACCAGUCACUUAGGGAAUGCCUCUGAUUAUAGUCCAACUUUUCUUAGAGAAACUUCCACAUCUGCAUUUACUUUAGAGAAGGAUGUUAGUCUGAGUUCCUCAAAUUUGUCAGGGACAAGUACUAAACAUGCUCGCCAGUUAUUAGGUACUCUUCAGAUCCCACAAAAAUGUAUUUUUCUAUCCCCUCCACUAUCUCCUGUUCAACUUCAACAUAGGGAGCCCAAAAAUUCUAACUUGCAGCUACAUUUUGAUCAAUCAUAUUGUCAUGGUAAUGGAGGCAUUGCUCUCUCUGAUGUUGAUGCUGAGGGUUAUAUCAAUAAUCUUGAUCAUGGUCCUCCAUUGAUGAAUUACCAUAACAAAAAUUUGGCUGAAAGUUACCUGACUAAAAACUCCCACAACAUGCCCUCCCUCAAUCGUAGUGCAAGUGAAGAUUUUGUGCCUUCUGCCCAGUAUGGUCAAAGUGGCAUUCAGUACUCUAAUCGAUACAUGCCGCUUAGAAAGGCCUUGAUCCAUUCUGACAAGUCCGAUAUAGUGGACUUAUUGUUACAGACUGGUAAUAUAGAUGCCUCCCAUCAGAAAAUGAUGCAUGCACUUUCUGACUCUCGGUUGCAUGAACAUCUUGAGAGGUCCUUGGAAGGAGAAAAUGUCUCAGUGUCAUUGAAUAUGAACAGAGAAAAAUCACCUUCGCUGGAGAUGCCAAGUUCCUCGCAAGCACGGGAGGGUGAGAUGGUUGACGAGAUUAACAAAAUGGCUGCAUAUGUCAAUAUCAGCACACCUCACCAUUUCAAGGAGGAAGAAGGUCUGGAGGUGUUCAAGCGUGACACUAAUAACACUUCUGCUGAUAAAAAAUGGGAGCACUUGGGAGGAAAUGCUGAAGUUUCUUCAAAUUUUGUCAUGGAGUCUAAGAACUUGUUAAAUAUGAACUACCUUACAGAUGCAGUGGACCCCCAAGAUUACAAAUCAGAUACAACUUCUCAGUAUUCUCAUAGGAUUCAGAGUGGUACAAAUGAUCGGCAUUGUACUACAACAAGUAGUAGUCAAUCAAUUUCCCAGCCCCAUGGACUACGAACCGUUGCAUCUCAAGAAUUCUUGAUCUCAACCCCUCAAGUGCCUACAAGUUCUGCUUCAGAUGGAGAAUAUUCCCUGCAAGAUAAUGAUCCGGAGUAUCUGGUUGAAAAGGUGGGCAGACACUCUUCUGAGGAUUUGAAAUGUGAAGAUGUUCACCCUGUCCAGUCACAGCCCUUAGACAAUCAUAGUGACAAUAAGGUGACAAAAGCAGUUGUUAUUGUUGAAGACUUGACUAACAGUACACCAGCUGAAAUUCCCCCCUCUAAGGCGGUCUAUCGUGUCUCCCAUAUAGAUGAGACCAGUGGUGAAUGUUCGUCACCUACCGAGACAGAGAUAAGUGAAGCUGCCGAGUCUGAGGGAAAGGGUGUGACUGCAGAUGGCAAACAUAGGCAUGAAACUAUUAGUGAUGCUACAAUAGCCGAAAUGGAAGCAGGCAUCUAUGGUUUGCAGAUCAUAAAAAAUGCUGAUCUUGAGGAACUGCAAGAAUUAGGAUCUGGUACAUUCGGAACUGUCUAUCAUGGAAAAUGGAGAGGGACAGAUGUUGCUAUUAAGAGAAUAAAAAAGAGUUGUUUUUCUGACAGAUCAUCAGAGCAAGAGCGACUGACUAAGGACAUCUGGAGAGAGGCAAAGAUUCUUUCCACCAUUCAUCAUCCAAAUGUUCUAGCAUUUUAUGGAGUGGUACCUGAUGGGCCUGGAGGAACAUUGGCAACUGUAGCUGAAUUUAUGGUGAAUGGAUCGUUGAGGCAUGUCUUAGUUAGGAAGGACAGAGUACUUGACCGCCGAAAGAGGCUCAUAAUUUUGAUGGACACGGCUUUUGGCAUGGAAUAUUUGCAUUUGAAAAAUAUUGUUCACUUUGAUUUGAAGUGUGACAAUUUGCUUGUCAAUUUGAGGGAUCCUGAAAGACCCAUAUGUAAGGUUGCUGAUUUUGGGCUAUCAAGAAUAAAACGCAACACACUAGUGUCUGGUGGUGUGCGAGGAACCCUUCCAUGGAUGGCACCAGAAUUAUUAAAUGGUAGCAGUAGCCGUGUCUCUGAGAAGGUUGAUGUGUUCUCAUUUGGUAUUGUAAUGUGGGAGAUCUUGACUGGAGAGGAACCGUAUGCUAACAUGCAUUGUGGUGCUAUCAUAGGGGGUAUUGUAAAUAAUACACUAAGGCCUCCUAUUCCAAAGCGCUGCGACUCGGAGUGGAAAAAGUUAAUGGAAGAGUGCUGGUCUCCGGAUCCUGCUGAUCGGCCAUCAUUCACAGAUAUCACACAUAGGCUACGUGAUAUGUCAACAGCACUCCAGAAGAAGCGGUCUAAUGUUGCAAGUAGAUGA